AUGUCGCUGUUGAAGCUCCGAUCUCUCUUACGAUGGUUACGGUGGCCGGGGUCAGCAGGCAACCGUGGUGGACGCCCAGUAUCCCCAGAGCUCGAGUCGGGAAAUGCUACACAGGAUAAUGUACAUCCGCCGCCAUCUACGACCAUCCAGGCUUCGCCAGAUACACCAGCCCAAGACACUACCGCAUUCGACUGGGAGGUAAUAUCACGUCGUAUCUCACCGCCGGACGCUCCUCCGAAUGGGCCACUGCCACACGCUGUCGGUAUGUUGCCCGAUGAGCCUCGUGAGAAUGCUGGACACGGCAUGAAACAAUCACCAGAAAUUUCACUUACCGGAGCAACGAGAACAGAUCCUGACGGACUCGCUCGCCCUCACGCUCGUGUGAACGCAGAGGAGAGACUCGAUACCUCAUCACCAGUAGUAGAUGCUUCCAUUAUACAUGAGCCUGAUGUCUCCCUUGCUACCCAUCGUUACAUUCGCCUUACAGAAAGGUGUCUGUCAUUGCGAGCACAAGCCCAGAACGAGCAAGACGCCCUGAGGCGCAUGCACGAAUUUCUCAUGGAAUCGGUCGGCAAGCUUGUGGAACUUGUUUCGUCUCCCGAUCACGACGGGACGCGUGGGGAUGCGACGACUAAAGCCUGGGCGCAGUACAGAGAUGAUGUCGCCCUUCUAGAAGCGACGAAUGCCCGUCUGGCUGCUCUGCAAUCCAAACUGGGUGCUCUGGAAUAUCGUCUGGUCAACAUGAGGAGUGGCUUUGUGCAGGCUUACCACAUAGUCCAGAGCCAGCUCCCAUCGACGUUAUUUGCUGACGAUUCGUCCCAAAGCUCAAAGCACCAGUCUGUGCGGAGUACCACUCCAACACUUUUGCGGAAGUACUAUGAUCGCAGAGGUGAUGAGGGUAUCUAUCAUGACCGUCUAAUGGAGCUGGACGACUACUACCACGAUGGACGUACCACUCGCGAAAUGCUGAGAGAUCAAGGGCACCAGCUCGAUCUAACAGACGAAGAGUUCGACGCUCAAUACAAAGAGCAGUAUAGUAAUAUCAUGGUACAACUGGAGUCGGCCAAAACGGAUGCAGACGAGUUGGCUGUGGAAUGUGGUGCUGCAGAUAUAACGAUCCCCAGCGCCACAGCACGACCACCUUCGUUUGCAGCCACCUCUUCCGAGCUCGGUCCCGCUGAUACUGAUGGGCUCGUGUCCUCCUUUGUUCCAGGUGACUUUCUCAAUAGCAGCCCUGGUGGUCAGAGCCUGUCAACCUCGCCGGAAGAUCAUCCACAAGUUCAGCGUUGGCUGAGCCAUAUGAGACAUCAGUAA